CCGCUGUUGGCCCCGGGCAGCUCGCGCGCACCUGCCUGCCCGGCCCACAGCCUGCCGCGCGCCCAGCGUCCUCGCCGCACAGGUCGCGGGUCCCGGGGGUCCUGGGCUGCGGGCCCGCGGGCCCCGGAGAUGGCGUCGGAGCCGCGCUAACUCCGUUUCUCCUUGGACCAAGAUGACUGAUGGAAACCUCUCCGCCUCUACAAAUGGCAUAGCCUUGAUGGGCAUUCUGGACGGUCGGCCAGGAAAUCAUAUUCAGAAUCUACAACACUUGAAUCUCAAGGCACCCAGAUCCCUCUCGUUGCCAGAGUACGGGCCCAAGCUGAAGCUUGGGCCUUUAGAAGAUCAGCACAGCCUUCAGUCCGUGGACUCGGGCAUUCCCACCCUAGAGAUCGGUAACCCGGAACCUGUCCCCUGCAGCGUGGCCCACGUGAAGAGGAAGCCAUCCGAGUCGGGGACCGUCCCGGAGCGAGCCUGCCAGAGCGCGUGCCCGCUGCCGUCCUACACGCCACCGGCUCCCGGCAGUGCCGAGUGGGAGCGGGGCGUGCGGAAGUCGUCCACGUUCCCCCGGACGGGCUAUGACGCGGCCGAGCUCUACAGCCCCGCCUCCAAGGCCCUGAACCGCAGCGACGAUGUCUCCGUUUGCAGCGUGUCCAGCCUCGGCACGGAGCUGUCAGCCACGCUUUCCGUCAGCAAUGAGGACAUCUUGGACCUUGUGGUCACGAGCAGCUCCAGUGCCAUCGUGACCCUGGAGAAUGAUGACGACCCUCAGUUCACUGACGUCACCUUGAGCUCCGCCAAGGAAACCCGGGAGCUGCGCCGGCAGGACUGUGUCGAUGGACCGGAGGAUGGGAGUAAAUCGAAAAUACUGGGACCAUUUAGUAACUUCUUUACCAGGAAUUUGCUUGCUAGAAAACAGAAUGCAAGACUUGACAGACAGAAUGACUUGGGAUGGAAGUUAUUUGGAAAAGUACCACUCCGAGAGAAUGCUCAGAAAGAGUCAAAGAAAAUACAAAAGGAAUAUGAAGACAAGGCUGGACGACCUAGCAAGCCGCCCUCUCCGAAGCAGAAUGUGAGGAAGAAUCUUGAUUUUGAGCCACUUUCUACCACCGCACUCAUCCUGGAAGACAGACCAGCAAACCUCCCAGCGAAGCCAGCUGAAGAAGCCCAGAAACACAGGCAGCAGUAUGAAGAAAUGGUGGUUCAGGCCAAAAAACGAGAGCUGAAGGAGGCGCAGCGGAGAAGGAGGCAGCUGGAGGAGAGGUGCCGCCUGGAGGAGAGCAUCGGGAACGCCGUCCUCACCUGGAACAACGAGGUUUUGCCUAACUGGGAGACAAUGUGGUGCUCUAGAAAAGUUCGAGAUUUAUGGUGGCAGGGAAUCCCUCCCAGUGUGAGAGGCAAAGUCUGGAGCUUAGCCAUUGGCAACGAGUUAAACAUCACCCAUGAGCUCUUUGACAUCUGUCUUGCCCGAGCCAAGGAGAGGUGGCGGUCCUUCAGCACAGGAGGCUCCGAAGCGGAGAACGAAGAUGCCGGGUUUUCAGCAGCAGACCGAGAAGCCAGUUUGGAGCUUAUUAAACUGGACAUUUCUAGAACGUUUCCGAACCUCUGCAUUUUCCAGCAAGGCGGUCCGUACCAUGACACGUUGCACAGUAUUUUGGGCGCUUAUACUUGUUACCGACCGGAUGUGGGUUAUGUCCAGGGCAUGUCCUUUAUAGCGGCAGUGUUGAUCUUGAACCUAGAUACUGCAGAUGCCUUCAUUGCUUUUUCUAACCUUUUGAAUAAACCCUGUCAAAUGGCGUUUUUCCGAGUGGACCAUGGCCUUAUGUUGACCUAUUUUGCUGCAUUUGAGGUAUUCUUUGAAGAAAAUUUGCCGAAAUUAUUUGCUCAUUUCAAGAAAAACAACUUAACUCCAGACAUCUACCUAAUUGAUUGGAUCUUUACCUUAUAUAGUAAGUCUUUGCCCCUCGACCUGGCCUGUCGCAUAUGGGAUGUGUUCUGUCGUGACGGGGAGGAGUUUCUGUUCCGCACGGCCCUGGGCAUCCUGAAGCUGUUUGAGGACAUCCUGACCAAGAUGGACUUCAUUCACAUAGCCCAGUUCCUUACGAGGCUCCCAGAGGACCUGCCCGCGGAGGAAGUUUUCGCCUCCAUAGCUACAAUUCAGAUGCAAAGUCGAAACAAGAAGUGGGCUCAGGUACUGACCGCGCUGCAGAAGGACAGCCGGGACGUGGAGAAAGGCAGCCCGUCGCUCAGACACUGAGGGGACAGGCGGACCCGCGCUCGGCACCGAGCAGACCUCCAGGUGGCACCUUGCGUGGCUUCGGACGCACGCACGCACGCGCUGACCGCGGACGAGAACGGGCUGUUUUCACGUUUGAUCCUAACACUGGAGUUGGCCUUAAACAAAACAAACAACUUUCAAAGAACUACACCAAGGCUUAGCCUUAAGAAGCUCGGUGGAAAGAUGAGCCAGUGUUGACCAGGGCCAACACUGCAUACUCUGCAUGGUUUAAACCUAAGGCAGUGGCUAAUCCCCCCCUCCCCCAUCUUAUUUCAGCGAAAGUUAAUUAAAUUGUCAUGCUUUUAUGUCAACUCAUGAAAAGUACAUUACAGUCUUCCUUAGCCAAGGUGUGUGAGAAAUCCUCCCGGGGAGGCCUCGGAGAGGUUAUUGGCUCAUUUACGUACGUGAGUAGGGAAGGGGUUGUCGAUUCCGUUCCCGGGACGACCUGUCCAGAGCUGGAGGUGAUGUUUUCACAGCCCACCUACCCAAGCUUGCGGGAAAGGAGAAUGGGCUGUCCCAGGGCGGUCACGCACGAGUGCCCGAGGGCUCCCUGGGAUUCGACCUGACCUCUGGGUUGGCGUUUCUCCAUCGUGGCCUUGACAGAAUCCCAGCACGAGUCCCAUGCACGCUGAGGUUCCGGGGUACCCGUGCUCUCCGAGAUUGCUGCGCCCUCCAGCUCCUGAGCGGAAGAGCUGCUCACACGGACGGCCCGAGACCUGGCGGAAAGAGCACGGGAGGACCCCCACGCCUCCCAUCUGCGGAGGCCAGGCGGCUUGGGGGGGGGCGGGGAGCCUGCUCUCUUGCGUCACGGGCUGCUGCUCUUUCUGUUGUCAGCUAAACGGCAGGACCGGUCCUGGUACCAGAUGUUCCCUCCUCACGUACUCGGCUUCAAGGUAGACCGAGGUGAGGGCCGAUGAGCAGGCCGCACGCUUCCAGUGGUACGGACGACGGGCCACUCGGGGCUCUCGGUGUCUGUCCUGUGCGCCUCUCCCCACGUUAGCUGGUUUCCCCCAAGUUCAUCAGCCGGCAGCUUUCUUGUUCUGACUUUCCCUUGACUGACUUUUACGAUUUUGUUGUAAGAGCUUUGUUUAUCCAAACUCAAAGACACGAGCGGUUUCACACGGACUAGCCCAAAGGACGGGCAGCUGUGUGGAAGCCGGCUCCCGCGUGCCAGCCGGGCUGUGCGAGUGUCCGUGGACGGGGCGAGGGCACCGUCGGUUGCGCCCGGCCCUCCGCCGCCCCCUCAGCUGCACGUCCGCCCUCGGCCCCGAGAGCAGGCAUGCGGCAAGGAGACCGGCAGGGGGCCGGGGCCCGACCGUGACCUCGCCCUUACGGGUUUUCCGUGCCCGCCACGUCCGCUGCCGACACGCGCAGGUGCGACGGCCAGUUGCGGAGCCGGGGCCCCGUUCGUGCCCUUCACCCCAGCCCUCUUCCGUGUUUCCUGUUUUCUCGAACUGCCUUCGCCCCGUGUCUGCUUAACCGAGUUCUCCCAGGAGGUUGUAGAUCAUCUUGGAUACACUUUCUGCCUCAGCCUUCAAGUGCUGACUCUCCCGACCUCUGGGGGUGGGGAGGGGGGCGUCCCGUCUUCACCGAGGUCUUGCGCUUCCAGACGCAGCCGUCCCCGGACACCGCGAUGCUGAAUGUAACCCACACUGAGCCGGCCCCUCGCCCGGCCCGGCCGUUCCUCCCACACGUGCUGACUUGCGUUCCGUGAUGUGGGCGUUCUGUCCGGAAAGAUGUAUAUAUUUUCUUACUGUACAUAAAGAUGUUCCUAAAUCGGGACAGGAAGCGACGCCACAGGGGCAUUUGUGCCACUGCCGCGGAACGCGUUUGUGGGACGUCACGUGCAUUCAGAACCCAGCCCUUAACCCUUUUCUGUCCCAACAGUUGGACGUUAAAUCUCUUUCGAUUUACGUCACUACUGAUGCAUUAAGUUUUUAAACGGGAUCCCAUGCCGACCGGGAAUCCUUAGCGAAUCUUUAGCUCGGAAGAGGUUUUCGUGACCUGUUGAGGGACCACGUGAGGUCUUGCGGUUUGAUGUGUCCCCCUCACAGGCCGGGGGUCCUGAGUCCCCACGCAGGGUCCCGUGGCCCCUUUCCGCAGAGCGCUGCAGAGGGCACCCGGCCGGGCAUCUCUGUUGGACGCUACCACCGAGGAAAGCCGGAAACGACUAGAAAUGCCACGCCCCUUUGGAAGUCUGCACUUUCCCCUUCCUGUGCCCGCGGUUUCCAGGACUUCAGGCUCGGGACCUUGGCGCGUCUGGCACUUUAGGGUCAAAAGCUGCGUCCCCACCGGUCCCUGAAAGCUCACCUAGAAACAUUGUUCACUUUAAAUGGUACUUUUUAACUGCUCAGUUUUUGACUAUUUUAAAUAGUUUGCUGAUAGAAAAAUUCCUGAUAAUACUUGCUACAUAUCAUGUUUUAAUUGCCUGUACAGUUAACCUUUAAUUUUAUUUAGUAAAGUCUAUCAAAUUAGGACUUUUUGAACUGUAAAUAUGUGGUUUUAUUAAAUAAAAGUCAUGUAAAAUUGUUA